AUGAGAAACACACAUCUAUGUCAGAGACAAUGGGUUUCCACUUACCCACUGGAGUUGUUUCCAGAAUCAGUUUCAUAUGUGAAUAAUUCGCAAAAUGUCUGGAAAUAAAUGGCAAGUAAAGAAAUAUACCAAAGAGAAAUAUAUAACAUUUAAUAUAUAAAUAGACAAAAUUUUAUUUAGGGAAACUAACUAGUUAAAUGAAUGGAUUGGCAGCCUGUCCAGGGUUUGUUCCUGCCUUGUAAUAAGUUAUUAUUAUUAUUUUGCACCCAUUGCUAGCUGGGUUCGGCUCCAACAUCCCCCCAAGCAGCGGUUCUCAAACUGUGGUCCGCGGACCCCCAGGGGUCCGCGAGACGACCGUAGGGGGUCCGCAGAAAGGGUGAAAAUUGCUUACAAUUAAUAACUUCUUCGCUAAACGCCAUUUUAUCCAAUCGGAUAAUGCGAAUAAUAAUCAACUCGCCCCUCACUACUGUUUAUAUUCUAUAUAUAGUAUAUAUAUGUCUAUUAAGAACUAUUCUACGAUGACGUCAUUAUAGACGCAGCCUGUAAUCGUGCACAUCCAUCCAUUAUCCAACCCGCUAUAUCCUAACCACAGGGUCACAGGGGUCUGCUGGAGCCAAUCCCAGUCAACACAGGGCGCAAGGCAGGAAACAAACCCCAGGCAGGGCACAGUUUAUGAUAAAUUAUUAAGUUAUACAGUGGUAAUUCUUGCUUGUUAAAUUGUUUUUCGUACGCCCAACUAACGUAUGGAUAAAUAUUUGAAGCGUAAGCGGAUAUCUGAAGAAGAGCACGGGGGUAAUGGAAAUAGUGGCGAUGAACUGAGACAUGAUGCCGAAAGAGAGUCCGCACCGCGUAAGGCAAAAUUACGUAAAUAUGAUCCUGAAUAUUUACAAUUCGGAUUUAUACCGUACAAAGACAACAGUGAUCAGCCACAAUGUGUCAUUUGUUUAAACGUGUUAUCGAACGAAAGUUUGAAACCUGCUAAACUGAAGCGCCAUCUUGUAACAAAGCAUAAUGAACUAAAAGACAACCCCGUUGAUUUCUUCAAACGUCGAGCAGAAGUGUAUGCAAAUCAGCAGAAAAUUAUUAGCACUGCGACAACAGUGAAUGAAAAAGCUCUUAAGGCUUCGUAUAUUAUGGCAAUGCGAAUAGCUAAGAGCAAAAAAGCACACACGGUUGCGGAGAGUUUGAUUAUGCCAGCGGCUUUAGAAAUAUGCGAGAUAAUGUUAGGAAAAGAAAGUAGCCGAAAAUUACUGUCUAUACCAGUAUCAAACGAUACCAUCAGAAGGCGAAUUUGCGACAUGUCCAAUGACAUCCAAUUACAAUUGGUUGAGCGCCUACAAAGCAGUACAUUUGCCAUACAGUUGGACGAAAGUACCGAUAUUGCAGGCCAAGCGCAGUUACUGGUCUACGUUAGAUAUUGCUUUGACAAUGAUGUGGUCGAGGACUUUCUGUUCUGCAAACCUGUGCCACUUAGAACGACAGGUGAAGAUUUAUUUGCAAUGCUAAAUGAUUUCUUCAUUGCUAACAAGCUUGAGUGGUCCAGCUGUAUUGGAAUUUGUACGGACGGAGCUGCAGCAAUGACAGGUCAUAAAAGUGGGGUUGUUGCACGCGUACGAACUGUUUCUCCGAAUAUUAUUUCCACACAUUGCAUGAUUCAUCGCGAAGCUCUUGCUAGUAAGAAUUUAAAUGAAUCCUUCGGUGAAGUGCUAAAUACAUGCAUUAAACUAGUUAAUUGGAUAAAGUGCAGACCGUUGAACGGACGACUGUUUGCUGCACUGUGCGAAGAAAGCGGCUCAGAUCAUCGACAUCUGCUGCUACACACAGAGGUUCGCUGGUUGUCACGCGGAAAGGUACUUCAACGUGUCUUCGAGCUUCGCAGUGAACUGGCAUCAUUUUUGAUGGACAAAAACUCAGAGCUGGUGAAGUUUGUUUCAGAUAAUGUAUGGCUUGCAAAAUUGGCUUACCUGGCUGAUAUCUUUUGUCAACUUAAUGCACUUAACACAUCACUGCAAGGCAGAGAUUCAAGCGUGUUGAAAACAACAGACAAGAUAACUGCCUUCAAGAAAAAGUUGAGAAUAUGGAAGACACGAGUACAAAAUAAAAGCUGUGAUAUGUUUGAACUGUUAACUGAAUUUCUGAAUGAAAACAAUAUGGCCAUUGAUAACUUGGCAACAGAUAUCUUUGACCAUUUGUCGGCGAUGGAAGAAUACUUUGACAGGUACUUUCCAACAGAUAACAUUGCAGAUUAUGACUGGAUCAGAAAUCCAUUCAGUUGUCAGCUUACCAACUUGACCGGGAAGGAAGAAGAACAGUUGGCUGAAUUGUCUAGUGACAGAAGUCUCAAACUUAAAUUUCAAGAACAAACAUUGACCGCGUUUUGGUGCAACGUUAGGAACGAGUAUACGCUUUUAGCUGAGAGAGCACUGACUGUGCUGGUCCCAUUUGCAACUACCUACCAGUGCGAAGCAUCGUUCUCAGCAUUAGCUGUGAUAAAAUCUAAGUUUAGAUCACGUCUCCAGGUGGAAGAUGACAUUCGAGUGUGUCUAUCAAAAAUCUCACCAAGGAUAGACCUUCUCUGCCGACAAAAGCAAGCCCACACAUCUCAUUAGUUUCUAUGAGUAUUAGAGUCUAAUGUAAUUGUAUUUGUAAUACAUUUGAACAUAUUAAAUAAUUAAAACGUUUACCACUGGUAGGGAGCCAUAAAAUUAAUAGUCUUACUCUUUAUUAUUAAAUGAACAAUGUUGUAUUGUAGUUAUGCAGUAUGAGUAUUAAGCACUAAAUAUUGUAGUUGUAGUUGUUUUGCAUUUUUUGUUUUUGCUAAGCAGGUUUUAGUCCUGUGACUGUCGUAUGACACUGUAUCAUUGACUGUCAAUAGUUAGUGUUGUUAUGAUAUGACUACAAAGAAUGAUUUAUUUUAUAAAGUCGACUUCAGAUAAAAGAAGUUUACACUUUAUGCCUGUGGCUAUGCUAUUAUAAUUUGGGUUGACAAAUCAGGCCGCAUCAGGGGUCCGCGAAUAUUGUAUGGCUUGUAAAGGGGUCCCAGGACUGAAAAAGUUUGAGAACCCCUGCCCCCAAGGACCCUGAUCUGGAUGAAGUGGGUUAGAAAAUGACAUGACUAGUUAAAUAAAACAUAAUUAAAUGAACAAGAAAGACUUAUAUUAGUUAUUGUACACAUUGUCCCCCACAUUCUGGAGACUGAACUGGUGAUGUAAACAAGUGGAGGUUUGUGUAGCAGCAGCUCCAGAAAUGAACUGGUGCCCCUUUCAGGGCUGAUUACUGCCUACUAUUCAGUGCAGAAUGUGACCUGCCAGGGCACUAUAUAGGAAAUUUUUUAGAAAAAGCAGUACAGUGUACUACUAAAAGUAGUUGAAUUUCUAUAAUACAUAUUACUAGACACCACUGGAGUGGAGCAGUGACUUAAUGUGAACUUUACUAAUUGUAUGGUCCGACUGCAGUGGUAAAAUUGACGAUUAGGUCAUUUCCUGACAGCCAUUUAUGAAUAGCAAGUUGCACUUUAUAUACAGUAGUUGGCUUCUGUUCUGAAGUCUUCCAAUAAUUUUUUUGAUAUAUAAUAUGCAUUUUCAGAAAUUGUGAUAUAUUUUUACAAAUGUUUUAGAUACAAGUUAGUCAUUAUUCAUAUUCUAUUAUAACAUUUUAUUUUUUAGAAGGUAUUUUAGAUGUGAGAAGGAGCCAUCCAGUCUGUGUGGCUGCUUUGGUUGUCCCAGCAUUUUAUUUCAAUGUAAUUUAAAACUGUUGGGGUCUGUCCUUCAGAUAUUUGACUUGGAAGCUAGGAAGGGUUCCUUCAUACAAAAGGAGGAAACUACCAUCUUCAAUGUACUUUUCCUUAAUUCCAGCUGGUAUUCUUGACUAUGUGACGCACAAUUUUAAAUGAAUGGAUUCUGCUGAACCAAUUGUUUUAAUUCCUUUGAGAAUUUUGAAGACAUGGAUUGUGUCAAAAUGGAGCCAUCUCUCUCAAGACUAAAGAGUUUCAUUGGGCAUUCUCUUCAGUCCAGGGAUGAAUUUAGAAAUUGUUUUUUUGACAUUAUAGUGCUACUUUUUUGGUAGUAAUUGUAAUUUGUAGCCGAGGUGACCAGAAUAGUAACUGUCAUAUUUUAAUAUAAAAGAAUGAGUGAAAUAUAAAACUACAAUAAUGCAGUUACUUUAGAAAAGAACCAUACUUAUUAGUUAAGCUGUACUUUUCAGCUGAGGGCCUGAAUGAUAGAGUACUAGAAGCUCUUUAUGCUAUUUUUCCACUAACUUCAGGAAGCAGGCUUUUCUCCAUCCAUGACAUUUCACGGCUCUCCUGGUUUUUGCUCUGUAUGUGAAAGCUUUGUUGAUGGGAAUGUCUUCAACAGCUCUGGUCACUAGUUCCCACCUUUGUUUUUAUGGAAAUAAAGAAAAUGUAGUCAAAG